ACAGACACGGUGACACCAACCAGACACCGGUAUUUUUCUUUGGAAGUUCCGUCCAGUGUCUUCACUCUGUCAAACUGUAAAACAAGCAAAAAGGUGGUGCUCUCCCCGCUCUCUGCGCAGCAAAAAUCUCAUUCAGCGAAACAUGGAGAGCUUUGCCCUCCACUCUCUCUCCACCUCCGCCUCCCCUUCCUUCUCUCUCCUCCACCACCGCUCCCGCCCCAUCUCCAAAUCCCCGCCGUUCCUUCUCCCCGGCCACACCCUACCCCGCUCCUUCCGCACCACCAUCCGAUCCUCCUCCUCUAUCUUCCCCCCAUCGCCGAAGCUCUCCCUCGGCUUGAAACCUCGCCUCCCACCCAUCCACGCCUCCUCUUCCACAAAUUCACCAUCCCCACCUCGUCCACUAGGCGUCAAGCCCAUCCCUUUCCUCAUCUCAAUCUCCGUCGGCCUCAUUGUGCAGUUCCUCGUCCCCAAACCCCCUGAAGUCUCUCCCCAGGCAUGGCAAUUGCUCUCCAUUUUCAUCUCGACCAUCGCCGGCCUCGUCCUCAGCCCCCUGCCCGUCGGCGCCUGGGCCUUCCUCGGCCUCACGGCCUCCGUCGUGACUAAAACCCUGUCCUUCUCCUGCGCCUUCUCCGCCUUCACCAACGAGGUCAUCUGGCUCAUCGUCAUCUCCUUCUUCUUCGCCCGCGGCUUCGUCAAGACUGGCUUGGGCGAUAGGAUCGCCACCUACUUCGUCAAAUGGCUGGGCAAGAGUACCUUGGGGUUGUCCUACGGAUUGACGAUCAGCGAGGCGCUCAUCGCCCCGGCGAUGCCAAGCACCACGGCGAGGGCCGGCGGCGUCUUCUUGCCAAUAAUCAAGUCUUUGUCGCUAUCGGCGGGGAGUAAACCGGGCGAUCCGUCGGCGAAAAAGCUCGGGUCUUAUCUCGUGCAGUCCCAAUUUCAGGCUGCAAGUAACUCUAGUGCUCUUUUCCUAACUGCUGCAGCUCAAAACCUGCUUUGCCUCAAAUUAGCCGAGGAACUUGGUGUGAUAAUUUCAAGCCCUUGGGUUUCUUGGUUCAAUGCUGCUAGUUUACCAGCACUUGUCUCUCUCCUAGCUACUCCGCUGGUCCUGUACAAGCUAUAUCCACCUGAAACCAAAGACACCCCUGAUGCACCUGCCAUGGCUGCAAAGAAACUAGAGAACAUGGGUCCUGUAACAAGGCAUGAGUGGGUGAUGGUUGGUACAAUGCUUCUUGCAGUCUCUUUAUGGGUCUUUGGAGAGGCUCUUGGUAUAGCAAGUGUUGUAGCUGCAAUGAUAGGCUUAUCAAUACUCCUUUUGUUGGGAGUCCUUGAUUGGGAUGACUGCUUAAGUGAAAAAUCAGCAUGGGAUACCUUGGCUUGGUUUGCCGUUCUAGUGGGUAUGGCAGGCCAAUUGACAAACCUUGGUAUUGUGACCUGGAUGUCUGAUUGUGUGGCCAAGUCCCUUCAAUCUUUCUCCUUGAGUUGGCCUGCUGCACUUGGUGUUCUUCAGGCCUCUUACUUCUUCAUCCACUACCUCUUUGCAAGUCAAACAGGUCAUGUUGGAGCUUUAUACUCCGCAUUCCUUGCUAUGCAUUUGGCAGCAGGGGUUCCUGGUGUGUUGGCAGCUCUGGCUUUAGCUUACAACACAAAUCUUUUUGGUGCUCUAACGCAUUAUAGCAGUGGUCAGGCUGCUGUAUACUAUGGAGCUGGUUAUGUAGACCUUCCUGAUGUAUUCAAAAUAGGGUUCGUAAUGGCUCUUGUCAAUGCUAUCAUCUGGGUAGUAGUUGGAGCUUUCUGGUGGAAAUUUUUGGGCCUAUAUUGAUUUUCAAUUACAAUGGAGAUUUGUAAAUUGAUUGAGCUUUACAAGAAUCAGCUCUACCUGUUUUGGCAUCAAAAGUAUAUAUCAAACAGGUAGCAUUAAUGGAACAAAGGUGAAUGCUGCUAUUCCUGCAUUUGUGGCAAUCGAUCCUCACUUUUGGCAAUGCGAGUCUGUUAAUUGUUAGACUCAUUGUCAUUGACAAAAAUUUAUUCAGAUCUGCAUAACAGGAUGCUUUUGUUUAUGCAUGUAACGAAAACUUUUUCCCAACAUUUAAUAGAGUAAUGACCUUGAAAGUUUCGAAUUCUUUCUCUUCAAA